AUACUCAUAUCACCUCCUCCCAAUAUGUAUAUACAUAUAUAUAUCAUAAGUGUGGAUAUUAUAGAGUGUUGAAUUUAAUUUGAGAAAAUAUAUCUGUUACAAGUUGUAUCAAGGAGAAGCAUAGACAUGAAGAAGCGAGGAUCAGGCAGGCGUUUCCUGAUGUGGGUUAUGGUGAUUUGGCUCCACGCACAUCUCAGCAUUGCAGCUGAACUGUCCAAGUCCAAUGACACGGACACUGCUUCUGAGAGUUCUGUGUGCGAUGGCUCCGUAGAAGACUGCCUCAACAACGUCCACCGCUUGGACUCAGAGCUUCUUCCCACCAUCUCCAGCUCCCACUUCCGCAGAAUCCUCGCUGGAGGAGCCAAUAAAGUCGUUUUUGAUACACUCAAAUCUGCAGCCUUCUUGUGUACGACUAUCAAUGGUUAUCGUCGGUGUGGGGCCAGAGUUCCUCCCGGUGGUAUACCCAACCGAUGUGCUAAUAAAGGUAGCUUUUUAAGGAAUUGCCAUAAGAUUGAUAGGUAGUGAUCGCGUCGGUCAAGCUAUUUUAUGUGUUCUUAUGCUUUUGCUUACUCCCUCCUCAGCCGAUGUGCUGUGCAUGUCUCCAUUGUUGGGCGUGUUUUCGUUUAUUGCAACAAUAACUCGAUCUCCUAUGUUGGGGAAGAGAUUAUGAACAUAUGUAUUCUUUUCUGCUUUCAACUUUUUGAAGCCAAUGACUAUAUUUCCUCUCUUAAGGAGGAGUUUCGUAA